AUUCGCUCGAUCAAAAAAUAAACAUUAUCACGUGAAAUUACAAUGAGGUAGAUUGAUACGCGCUCAAUGAUCGACAUUUUCUCUUUUUACUGUUUUUCUGUUUACGAUCGUAUUGUUUUUUUUAAGAACAUUAAAAAAAAAUGUCAAGUAUGGAAGAUAUUGAAUAUUCGAAUGAUCAAAUUGAUUACAUUAAAUGGUUAGAGAAUUCAAUAGAUAAUAGUUAUUUAGAUUAUUAUAAAUAUUCUGAAUUUAAAAAUAUAAAAAAAAUAGGAAAUGGUGCAUUUGGAAGUAUUUAUAGUGCCAAUUGGAAAAAUACUGAUACAAUUUUAGUUUUAAAAUCUUUUGAUAAUAAUAAUCAAAGAACUGCUAUUAAAGGAGUUGUUAAUGAGCUGAUAUUACAUCGGAAAGCUCAUUUUCAUGAAAAUAUAUUAAAAUUCUAUGGAGUCACAAAAGAAGCAACUUGCGAAACGAACAAUUACGCUUUGGUUUUGGAAUAUGCCGAUAGUGGUACGUUAAAUGCCUAUCUAGAUAAACAUUUUAAUGAACUUACAUGGGGGGAUAAAAUUUGUUUGGCAUUACAAUUAGCAAGUGCUGUAUAUUGCUUGCAUGAAAAUGAUAUUAUUCACCGUGAUCUGCAUGCAAAUAAUAUACUCAUACAUCAAAAAAAUAUUAAAGUGGCAGACUUUGGUUUAUCAAGAAAAAUUGUUGAAGCGUCAAAUAAUGCAUCGAAAAUAGUGGGUGUAAUGGCUUAUAUAGAUCCAAAAAAACUUAAUAAUAAAGAUUACAAAUUAGAUAAAAAGUCCGAUGUAUAUAGCGUCGGUGUUAUCAUGUGGCAAAUUUCAAGUGGAUAUCGACCAUUUUUUUCUAAAGAUGAUUUUACCUGUGAUGAUGUAAGUUUUCUCUUAUCCGUAAUAAGUGGUAGACGAGGUGAAAUUAUUAAUGGUACCCCUAUUGAGUAUAGCAAUUUAUAUACAAGAUGUUGGAAAUAUGAACCAAAUGAACGUCCUCAUAUGGAAGAACUUGUUUCGACUCUUAAAUCAUUAAAAAAUAAUUAUUUUAACGAAAGAAAAGAAGAUAAUUCUUCAAUAAAAAAUAAUUAUAAUUUAGAAGUGUUAAGCAAAAGAACAACAGAUUUGAAUUAUUCUUCACAAUAUAAAAGUGGGUCUAAUAUGCAAAUAUUUAAUUGGCAUCAAAUAGAAGCUGGAGAUGGGAAUAAAACUUCUCAAUAUAGAAUGGGUGUAUGUUAUGAAAUUGGGGAUGGUGUUAAAAAGGACGAAGUUAAAGCAUUUGAAUGGUAUAAGAAAUCAGCUGAACAAGGGUAUAGUGACGCGCAAAAUGAUUUAGGAUGUUGUUAUGAAGAUAGUAUAGGCACGAAAAAAAAUUUAGUAAAAGCAGUUUAUUGGUAUCAAAAAGCGGCAGAAAAUGGGAAUGAAGUUGCGCAACAUAAUUUAGGUAGAUGUUACAAAUAUGGAAUAGGCGUUGAAAAAGAUGAGACUAAAGCGCUUGAAUGGUAUAAUAAAUCAGCUAAACAAGAUCAUAGUAAUGCACAAAAUGAUUUAGGGUUUUAUUACGAAAGUAUAGAAAAAGAUUUAGAAAAGGCUUUUUAUUGGUAUCAAAAAGCAGCGGAAAAUGGGAAUAAAUCUGCACAAUAUAAUUUGGGUAGAUGGUAUAAAUGUGGAAUAGGCGUUAAUAAAGAUAAAAUUAAAGCGUUUGAAUGGUAUAAGAAAUCAGCCGAACAAGGGUAUGGUGAUGCACAAAAUGAUUUAGGAUUUUGUUAUGAAAGUGGUAUAGGGGUAGAAAAGGAUUUAGGAAAAGCAAUAUAUUGGUAUCAACUAGCGGUAGAAAUUGGAAAUAAAUUUGCACAAUAUAAUUUAAGUAGAUUAUAUAAACAUGGAGAUGGAGUUAGUAAAGAUGAAGUUAAAGCGUUUGAACUAUAUGAAAAAUCAGCUGAACAAGGAUAUACUGAUGCACAAAGUUCUUUAGGAUCAUGUUAUGAAGAUGGUAUUGGUACAGAGAUAAAUUUAGUAAAUGCAGUUUAUUGGUAUAACAAGGCAGCGGAAAAAGGAAAUAAAUUUGCAUUAUACAAAUUAGGUAAAUGUUAUAAAUAUGGAAAAGGUAUUGAAAAAAAUGAAGUUAAAGCGUUUGAAUUAUAUAAAAAAUCAGCUGAACAAGGCCAUAAUGGAGCACAAAAUGAACUUGGAUUUUGUUACAAAAAUGGUAUAGGCACAAAUAUUGAUUUAGAAAAAGCGAUUUAUUGGUAUCAGAAGGCAGCAGAAAAUGUAAAUAGAAUCGCAUAA